AUGGAUCAGUUGGCUAAGCUUGAGGCCCUUGCUGGGGAGUUGUUGAUUGCAACCAAGAGCCUGUUAGAGCAUUGCCAUAGUAUCGAUGCUCCCUUGUAUGGCACAAGUGGAAGGCCAGCACAACUGAUCCCUCCUGGAGCCCGAGCGGAGGCACAUCGCGCACGAGAAUCCACCAUAGCAUCUCUCACCAAACUUCGUGUCAUGUUAGCGGGGCCAACUGAUUUCCUGCAGGACAUGGCCAGCCAGAGCCAACUGCUGGCCUGCAUGCAAUGGCUAGGAGAAUUUCAAGUUCCAGCCUGUAUCCCUCUGAAUGGCAGUAUUUUGAUGAAAGAGGUAUCUGAUCUCAUUGGCGUCCCAGAGGACAAGCUCUGUCGUGUAAUACGAAUGGCGGCUACGGGGGGAUUCCUUCAGGAGCCACAACCUGGUCAUGUUGCUCACAGUGCGUUGUCAGCGUCUUUUGUGGCAAACCCUUCAUACCAAGACGCAGCGAUCUUCUUGGCUGGAACAGCGGUCCCAGCAGCUUUGGAGAUGGCACAUAUUACUCAGAAGAAUCGAAAGUCUUCUGGGCAGACACCUAAUAGCGUCAUAUCCAACCGGUCCGCCUUCUCUACGCCUAACAGAAAUGAGCUGCCUCGGCUUCGUCGUCAAUGGCAUGCUUACCUGAGACACGGUACGGGGCUGGUUUGCGACACAGCUACUGAUAUUCUAACCUGCCUUGAGCCGCUGCAGAAUGCGCUAGUUGUUGAGGUCGGAGCCCGAUCAACGGAACGCGUGGCAGCCCUCGUAGAUCAGUAUCCGACUCUUCAUUUCACCGUCCAAUUAAACCCAGCAUUUCAACGCAGAAAUGGGGCUAGACACUCGCGUAUUGAUGUGCAGCACAGGGCGCUAGGAUCUCCGCAACCCAUCCAAGGCGCAGCGGUCUAUAUAUUAAACUUUCCUUUUCCGGAGCCAGGUGGGCCGUCCACGCCUGUGGUGGCACAAAUUCGAGCUGAGCUAGAGGCUCAUUUCAAUGUGCUUCGACUUACCCAUGCAGCCACGUUGGUGCUCACGAUGCCCUUACAGUCCGAGCGCGGGGAGGUAGGCCCAGAUACGGCGGUCUUAUCGCAGAUACGGGAUCUGUCGUUGUUGCAAUUGGCGGGUGAGCGGGAACUAGAGAUCUCAGAGGUUAUUAGUGUGCUGAAUGGCGUGGGUGAUAAUGAUGGAAGGCUCGUAUUGGUCAAUAAGGUGACAUCGGCGUUAAACCAAGGCGUCGUCGCUUUAGAGUUCAAGUACCAGGCAUAUACAAUAGUGUCGUAUUGA